CUUUUUCCUUCACACAAGGUCACAAACAAAAACAGCAGCAAUGAAGCCCGUUAUAUUUUUUACUUUUAUCGCCGGCCUGGCCACGCCAUUUGUAUCCGCCAAGAGCUACUGCCGAUCAUUCCACAAUACAGGCACGAUGGAACAGGACGGUACAACCUGCAACGCCAAAUCUAAUUGUCCAUUCCCCAGCUCCGCGAGCGGCCAGCCGGGAUUCAACUUUCCUCUUGCGAACAAGGCGGGCGCAGCAUGCUCUGUUGAUUUUAAAUGCUGCUAUUAAAAAAACCGGGCCUAAAGAAGAUCAAGCGGGAUACGAUUUACUAUGUACUUGCGGCAAGGCUGGCAUGAUGAUGUAUGUACCAUUUCUAUGGCGUCGCAGGAUCGCCUGGCGCUGCAUGGCGUCAGGGCUCGCCCGAACACAAAACACUACCUUCCCAAACCAUGCCCGUCAUGGCAAACCAAUCAUUGGAUGGGACAAGCGGGGGGCGGUACGCUGCAUUAUAGUGCACGCGACAGGAUGGGGGAAAAUGGUCACAUUGGCUCACUUUGGAGAAUGCGCGACAGACAGACAGACCAUUUCCCCUCAGCCGAGAGCUGCCAUUACCCUG